AUGUUUGCCAUUCUUCUCCUAAAGGCAACAGCGACGCCAGCGUCAAGUUUGAAUUGCAGCCGAGCCGGGAUGUUCCCGAUCACCUUCGGACUUUUCCUCCAGUUCUUUCUCUGCCAUGUGUUGGCUGAAUCCACCUUCUUGGACAACGCUUUCUCAUUACAAGCAGCACUGGCACCUGUGGAACACAAAAAGAGAAGCACUAACAAGUGUUGUCUUCUGACCCCUCCUCCACCCCCGAUGUUUCCACCACCCAUCUUCAGGGAAAGCAAAAGUCUUCAAGAAGAAAUUAAUUUGAAGAAUUUACCACUGGAAAUAAAGACAACUGAAUCUUGUAAAGUAUCAGGUACAAUUGGUCCUCCUGGGCCUUCAGGCCCCCAGGGUCCACCAGGAAUUCCAGGGAUUAGGGGACCAAAAGGUGAGAAUGGGGAAAUUGGAAGGCCAGGAAGAAAAGGUAGUACAGGUUUACCAGGCCCUCAUGGAAUGCCAGGGCCAGCAGGCUCACCAGGACCAAUUGGGCCCAAGGGUGAAAUCGGUGAUCAAGGAUUAGUGGGAUUGCCAGGUACAAGAGGACCAAUGGGCUCUAAGGGUUUGAUGGGUCAAAAAGGCGAAAAGGGGAUAAUAGGUGAAAGGGGUCAACAAGGAAUCAAAGGAGAAAUGGGUGUUAUGGGUCUUCCUGGAAUGCUGGGACAGAAAGGCGAAAUGGGUCCAAAGGGAGAGUCUGGAGCCCCUGGACACAGAGGACCUGUUGGUAGACCUGGAAAGAGAGGAAAAUCUGGACUAAAAGGAGAAAUUGGUCCAGCUGGAAUUAUGGGACCUUCAGGUCCACCAGGACCACCUGGUCGUUUGGGUCCACCUGGGGUAUCGACAUCAGGUCGCCUAAUGGUUGGGCCAAAGGGUGAAAGAGGACUCCCAGGGCCAGUAGGAAGAUGUUACUGUAAUCUCCCUCAGACCGUAAGCAAUCCAUCAUAUGGUGAACUCCCAUCAUUGAUCAACUUUCCACAAGUACCAGCGAUCUUUGUUGUAGAUAGCGAAGAAGAGCUGGAAAAAUUGAACACUGAAAAUGCACUAGCCUUCCGGAAGGAUCAGAGAUCAUUGUACUUCAAAGACACUGUUGGCUGGCUACCAAUUCAGAUCUCCCCUAUCCAGCUAGCAGUGGCUUCUCCACAUCCAGCAGGGUUUUGUGGAGAUGGAAUAGUUCAGGAGGAAAAUGGAGAAGAAUGUGACGAUGGAAACAAGGUUGUCACUGAUAGCUGUAUAAAUUGUAAGCAAGCCCGCUGUGGGGACGGAUACCUAUGGAAGGGACUUGAAGAAUGUGAUGGCAAAGAUUUUGGUUAUCAAACCUGUAAAACCUAUCUUCCCGGGUCUUACGGGGAACUGAAAUGCACUUCAUAUUGUUACAUUGACUCCACAAGCUGUCGAUAUUUCACAUGAAACUGAAAGAUGUCUGCUGGGAUACAUGUCACUGUAACCACAUUCAUUUGGUGCUAUCACAGAACCAACAGGUUUGGGCUGCACAUAUACAACCUCUGUUCAAUAUAACCAUAACCAGCAGCUGGAAGGCACUUAGAUUUCCGAGAUUUAUUUCAGGUCAUUAUCUGGAUGACAAUUAGGACCAUUGCAUUUUGUCUUAAAAUAAUAUAAACACCAACAACAAAGCUUUGAAAAGGAUGAUAUUUGAUUUCUACUGAGACCUUUCAAGUAUGCAUAUACAUAUAUACAUGUUGUUACAUAUGUGUGUGAAUAUAAAUAUAUAUAUAUAUAUAUAUUAGAUAGCCAUGUCUAAAGACUGUUCAUCCUCAUUUGACAAUUCUCAGGCAGAAAUAUAAAAGAUGUGAUAUUGUUCCACAAGAGACUGGAGUCAAAACUGCCAUACCUCGACCGUGCACUAGUACAGACUACUGUAGUUUUAUACCUGGGCUUACGCUAGGAAAAAACCUACUGAAUCCUUGGUGCUGUAUUGAUACAGAAAAAAACAUAAAAAUGUCAAGAAUUCGGUUGCUGAAAUGUGAAGCACUAUUUACUGCAUUUGUAUGAAUAUUAUGCACAAAGACAACAACUACAAAGAAAAAACUCUUCCAUGCCUUGGCUCAAUCGGAUCAGCUAUGACCCUACAGGGUGUCAUGUUCUUAAGAGACAUGUAUAAUGUCCCAAUUCUGUAUAUACUUCUCCUUAUUAAAGACUAAUAAUGCUAGAAAUCUACCAAAUAAUGGUUGUCAGCUGAGUGCGGGCUAUGACAUAUAGAGAGGUUUGAUGUUUGGGUGAAUAUAAGUAGUGACAGAUGUAGGGAAGGACACACGGCUUCUUUUUGCUUCCAAGAGAACUUCUCAUUCUGAAUAUAAAUAAUGUUCACCUGAAUGUAAAAUUUCUUUAUUGAAAUGUUGCAUGCCAGAUAUACCAUUGACUGCCUUCACCCAUCACCUUGUAUGUAUGUUUUCUCACAUUAUUUGAUGGGUGCAUAUAAUAGAGACACAACAACAUGGAAGGAAGCCAUUGAUCCAUCGACUCCAUACUGGCUCGUGUAGAGCAAUUCAGUCAGUCUCAUUUCCCUGCUUUCUCCUUGUGGCACUGCAAGUUUAUUUCUCUCUUAAUGCUAUCCAAUUUCCUUUUGAAAUCAUUGAUCAUCUCCACUUGUACCACACUAAUAUGCAGCGAGUUCUAGGUCAUUACCACUUGUUAUGUAAAAAAAAAGUUGCUCUUCGCAAUACCCGUGCCUCUCUUGCCCUAAACCUUUAAGUCUGUGUCCCCUAGCCCUUGUACCAUCAGCUAAUGGGAACAGCUUUUCGUUGUCUAUCUUAUCUAAACCUGUCAUGCUCUUGUACUCUUCUAUCAGAUCUCUCCUCAAUUUCCUUUGCUCCAAGGAGAACAACCCCAGCUUCUCCAGCCUAAUCUUAUAGCUAAAAUCCCUCAUCCCUGGAACCAUUAUAGUAAAUCUCUGCACCCUUUCAAAGGCCCUCGCAUACUUCCCACAGUGUACUGACCAAAACUAGACUCUAUACUCUCUAAUUGUGCAGCGGGACAUUUAAACUGUUGGCUAUACGUACAGGAAGAAUUAUGCACAAAGAGUCCCUUCCACCAUUCACUAUAUUUUCAUUCUUCCUAAAAUGAAGUUUGUUAAAUAAUCCACUUUAUAUUUAGAAUGGUACAUAUUAAAAUGUGAAUGCCUUGCAAUUGAAGCUGGAUCUGACUCCACAGUGGCAGUACAUAAUGAGGUGAAUAGAUAAACUGCAUGACCUAUACUCAUCACAAGCAAUAAGCUGACAAUAGUUAAAUAUCAGUCUGCCACUGGAAAUAUGUACAGUAAGAUAAUCAUUGUAGUUAAAGUACAUUUUUCUUUCUCUCUUUCACAAAACAUGUUGCUGCAUUACAUGUACCUUCGCAUGUCUGUGAUACUGGAAUUUAUAAUCAGUAUAAAUAAAAAAAAACUAAAUGA